AUGAGGCCAUCAAACAGUGGUAUACUUACGAAAAAUAAGAGAAGAAGAGGGAAGGUACCUGAAAAUGAGCGCCUACGUAAAGCUGUUGCUUGCACCGAGUGCCAAAGGCAGAAAUCUAAGUGUGUUGGUGGCUUUCCCUGUGAAAGAUGCGUGGCAAAAAACAUAACGUGUAAAAGUGUGCCCCAGGUUCGUAUAAGUCAGCAGGCUCUUUUGGAUAGGGAAGAGCGGCUGUCGUGCAUGGAAUCCAUUAUCAAGGUGGCGUUUCCCGGGAUAGAAACCUCAUUGGAACAAAUGAGAUUGAAACUAGGUGAGCUCAAUGGUGAUAAGAAAGCCAGAGAGAUGAUUAAGCAUAUCGAUUUGCGAAAUGUUCAGCGAAUAGAUGGUGGGAAGACUCACACUUUCUAUGAGGACGUGGGCUCAACGUCCAGCUUCGUAGUAAGAGCUUCUGAAAUAGUCUCACAUGGAGCUUCAGCGUCAGCGCUGUCAAACAGUAAGCCUGCUUAUAUACUUCCUGGAGAGAGAAUAGGGAGUAUUUCGAGCGAGUCCUCGGCCGUGUUAUCAAACCUGUUAAGUUUUGCAUUAUCUUCACUUCCUCCAUUGGAGCAUGCACAGAGACUCCUCAACACUUUCAUAUCUGUUGCCGGCAAUAACACUUUUUUCUAUUUUGACAGUCGAUGGUAUCGAAAGAUCUUUUCACGUAUUUACACUACAAAACCAAAUAUUGGACUGACAGAUGUUAAUAAUGUGUGCCUUCUUUAUAUGGGGUUAUGCAUGGGCUCGAUUUUUGCGUAUGUUUGGAAAAGUCGCGAAAUUAUAAUGGUAGAGGGAGAAAGAACUUUUCCUGGCGCUACGUACUACGAGCACGCCCAGCUACUUUUUCCUGCUGUGAUCAAUGAUAGCUCUUUGGAGACUGUCCAGGUUUUCUUUAUGGCCUCUAUGUAUGUCUUGGCGGGUCAAGAGCUGGAAAUGGCUUAUACGUACUUGGGUAUUGCAAUGAGAGCCGCAGUAGCCAACGGAAUGCACAAAAGUUUUCCCGGUGGAAGUGAUUUUGACGAAAAGAAGGCUGAGUCCCGAAAGCGACUCUUUUGGAGUGUUUAUACCAUUGAAAGGCGCUCGGCAAUUGCUUUAGGUCGUCCAGAAACUUUACCUGUAUCAGAUAUUGAUCUUGAUCUACCAGUUUUCUGCAAAUCGUUAGAUGAUAAUGCGGAAAAUGCCGAUGUCAUUUGUAUGACGCUGAUCAUAACAGUGUCUCUUUUGACCAUAAAGAUACACGACAUGUGGUUUAGAAGAGGCAAAAAUGGAUUGAAAUUUGCCACUAUUAUGGAUUUGUACCAUAAAAUAGAGCGAUGGCGUGGGCAAGUUCCACCUAGAUUCGAAGUAAGGUCAAUGUGCAUUGAGCAACGCUCUUACAGAGGUGCGGCACAUGUAAACUUUGCUUACAACCUCGCAAGAAUAACUCUUGGCCGACCGUUUCUCUUGCUUAAGCUAAGAAACACUAAUGUGUCCACAAGUAUCGAUGAAGGUUUGAAUUCUUUUGCAACACAAAUGGUACAGUACUCAUACCAUGCAGCUAGUCAGAUUGUAGGUAUUCUUCUGACAUUGAGAUCCAAUAAUUUGCUGUCUUGUUACUCGUUCAACGAUUAUAAUGCAUGUCAUGUGGCCUCCUUUGUAUUGGUUGUUUACUUAGCCUUAUGUCCAUCCACUGAGGCAUUACAAAUGCUCAAUGACAGUGUAAGUAUACUGCAGCAAAUUUCUCAGAGUAGCAAGUUCACUCAAAAGAGUACCAACGUUAUUCUGAAACUUAAAGAGACGGUUGAACAAAGACAGACACAUCAGCGUUGGAUUGAUGGAGCAAUACUAGGAAUUGGAAAUCGGAUCGACGAUGAGAACUUUUCCGCCACCAUGGCGGGUAAAAAAGAAAAAUUACAAGAUACUUGGGGUCAAAUGGACGCUUCUCUAGAUGCUCUUACAGAUGAGCAGUGGUUUCUUUCCCUAUUUUGUGAAGGGUCACUGCCAUUGAACCCAGAUCAUUGCCUUGACUAUCUCUUCCAGGAUCAUGCAGAGAGGUAA